CGGUUGAUGGCUGCUUGAGACUUGUGUAUAUUUACUGUAUGAAAUGGAACUAAACUAAGUGAUCAACGUCUACCCGUGCGAUUAAUUACUUUGAAAAGAAGAGUUCGAGGACGAUAUAGACAAUACUUGCAAAGAUGGCGUCUUGGAUCCAGCGACCGGGUAAUUCCCACCAGGCCCAGCUUGCUGCAACGGCUGUGCUUUCAGGCGCCGCAGUUGCGGGCGUGAUACUGGGAUACCAAAAAUUUAAACGACGGGAGGCUGUGAAAGAACUGAAAGCUUCCAUUCCAGACCUCAAUCAACGACAUCAUGCGGAAAUGCUCACAGAAUACGGCACCGCAUCCUCAGGCCCGCACUGGACGAAGGAAGACGAGCGCAGCGCAGCCCUUGCACGCAGAGCACAAGAGGGAGAUUACGAUGACGAGCUUAUCCUCGAGCAACUCGCCCGGAACCGCGUUUUCCUGACCGAUGAGGGCCUUGCGAAACUCCGGGGAUCGUUUAUAAUUGUAGUCGGGUGCGGAGGUGUUGGGUCGCACGCUGUCGCCUCCCUGGCUCGAUCUGGCGUGGGCAAGAUCCGCUUGAUUGAUUUCGACCAAGUUACAUUGUCGUCCUUGAACCGACAUGCUCUUGCUACACUAGCCGACGUGGGAACCCCCAAGGUGCAUACUAUUCGCAGGAGACUACAGCAGAUCGCACCGUGGAUUCAGUUUGAUUGCCGGAACGAGCUCUUUGGCGGAUCGGUGGCGGACGAUUUGUUGGCACCAUGGUCUUUAGACGGUUCGGAUCAAGGGCGGAAGCCCGACUACGUGCUUGAUUGCAUCGAUAACAUCACUUCUAAAGUCGAGCUGCUCCACUACUGCCAUACACACUCCAUUCCCGUGAUCUCUUCCAUGGGCGCCGGCUGCAAAUCGGAUCCCACCCGGGUUAUGAUUGGGGAUAUUUCGGUCAGUACAGAUGAUCGACUCUCCCGGAGCACUCGACGUCGGCUGAAAGUCCUGGGCGUGCACUCUGGUAUCCCGGUAGUGUUCUCGACCGAAAAGCCGGGGCCUGGAAAAGCCACUCUCCUUCCCUUAGCAGAAGAGGAGUUUUCGAAAGGCCAGGUGGACGAACUAGGAGUGCUGCCAGACUUCCGUGCGCGAAUUCUCCCUGUUCUUGGAACCAUGCCAGCUGUAUUUGGCUAUACCCUGGCCAAUCACGUCAUUUGUGACAUCUCGGGUUAUCCGAUCGAUUACAGCGUAGGCGUCAAGGGUAAAGAUAAGAUCUAUGACUCCAUUCAGGCAGCCCUUCUUGUGUCGUACGAACGCCUUGCUAAGGCCCAGGCUGGCAAGCAUCUCAUUGGGAUCCGCAUACCGAUCACCAAGGACGAUGUGAGCUAUCUCGUGGACGAGAUCUGGCGAGGCAAGAGUGUCGUGAGUGGUCUGCCUGGCCGGAUUGCCCUUGUUCCUUGGGCACGCCCUCCGCAAGGGUUCAUGCCCGAUCCAGAGUGGGAGAAGCAGGGCCAAAUCUUCAUCCCACUCAAGCUUCAAGACCUUGUAUUAAUGACCAAAGAGGAGGCUACUCGUCAUGAGAAGGAAGUCCUCAUUGGAGGCAAGAACCCCGAAGAGCUCUACAGUGAGGAAGUUCUCCAGAAGGUGAAGGAGCGUAGGAAGGAGGUGGAAUUUUAUGAGCAAUAUAGAUAAUGGGUAUUUCUUGUAUGUACAGUAACAUCAAAAGUUUCUAUCCCAGCUUCUUAAAAAUCAACGUUUUAGAUUUC